GAUAAAGCUUUCAGAUGAGGCAACCACUGAUGGAGAAGUUUUCGCUCCGUUUCAGUCCCCAACACGUGAUGUUGGAUAGAACAAGAGAAUUCCUGUCACUAUGUUCUGGAUUAUAUUACUUAUUUUGAAUCUCCACAGGAUCCAUGCAGGAUAUAAAGGAAAUAGUAUCAUGUGUGAGUGUACCACCACGCACUGCAUCGAGCACAACAUGAAGCACUGCAACACGACUAGCAUGUGUUUCAGUCAAUAUUUGGACCGACACGAUGGUAGUCAUCCGGUCGUCAGAGGGUGCAUCAAAAGUAAAACCCCUCUACUUUGUGAAAACCGAAGGCCGGCUGUAGCGAAGGGACCUUGGCCUCUCCUCCUUUGCUGCAACAGUCAUCUUUGCAACCGAGAUGUUAUACCAACAGCCCCUCCUUGGUUUACAGAAAGUGUAAAAGAUAAUGAAACUUCUGUACUUGCAGAAGAAGGGAAACAAAUCGAAGCCAGCAACUACAGACAACGAGAUCAAUCAACCAAUGCCGUUACUUCAUCUUCGAAUCAAAUGCUUUCACUUGAAAAUUCACCCUCUCUAUCAGGAACCCUAAUUAAAACUAAAACCAGAUCAUCUUUACCACACAUCAUCAGUCCUAUAUAUAUUUCAGUUCUGGUUUUGGGUAUUAUUAGUUUGAUUAUCAUUGGAAUCAUCGCUGCCAUAGUGUUGAAGAGGAGCAACCGGUUCUAUGUAGAACAGUAUGGCGCCUUGGAACAUCAGCACGAGCAAAACUGUCUGAAGCACCAUAUGGUGCCUUACGCACAUUCUGCACAUGCUCAUUGUGAUUGUGAUUCUGAAGUUGAAUCUUUAAGUCAGUGUUCGCAGCCUUAUAUUCAAGUUGUUUAUCCAACUCGAAGCUCAAAUGACACAUGACUUGACAGUAUCAGUAGAAACAAAUUAUUUUAAGCAUAUGAUUGUUAUUUGAGAAUUUCUUAUUUUCAUGAAGAUAACAAUGACUGCUUUUGGUACUAUUAUCACAAACGGCCUGUCUCGCAAAGUUGCACUAAACUUGUGUUCCAAAAAUGGUUUAACUGUUUUGGAUAACAGCCAUUCUCGAACUUUCAAAUUCAAUUUCUGAUAAAAAUGUUUUGUAAGCAAGUAACAAUUGAAAUCUAUAAUUUUAAAGUCGGUACAAUUCAUAAAAUUCAUAGGGUUCUUAUAUAAGAAUAAAUAAAUCGGAUUUCAUUUAGUAAAUUUUUAUACAUUUCUUUUUCUUUUGCCUUUUAAUACAACCAAAUUCUAUUAAAACUUUUUAAAUAAACAGUAUAAUCAAAAUUAAUCUCUUCGUUAUUUAAGAAAAAUACAGUUUGUUAAACCUGAAUUAUUUAAUUGAUAAUUAUAUUUUCAGUAAUUUUUCGCUUAAACUUAAAUACUUUAAUAACCUGUUGUGAGCGCUACCCAUUAAACAGCAACAGCUCAUGGGAAAUAUUGUUUUAUUUUCGAUACAAAUAUUGAUGUAUCUAAAAAAAUUUACAAAAUAAUUUUUCUAUCAAGAUGAAGCAUGAUUAUCGUUUGCUGUGCUUCAUGUUUUCUUGUGUUCGAGCUAAUGGGAAAUAUUGUUUUAUUUUAGAUAUAAAAAUUGAUGCAUCUAAAAAAUUUGCAAAAUAAUUUUUCUCCUAAGAUGAAGCAUGAUUAUCGUUUGCUAUGUUUCAUGCUUUCUCGUGUUUAUUUAAUGUGGUUUUUUCCCCUGCUUAAAGAUUUUUUUAGCUUCUUUGUUUAAAAUGCUUCUUAAGCAUAUCCAAAAACAAAAUUUCAUAGCAGUGUUUCAUUUCAUAACUAUCCCCAACGCACAUUUCAUAACCACAGUUUAAGUGCCAUUAAUUACAUAGUUAGGUGAUCAGUGAGUUUAUUUCAUUAAAUGAGUAAGCACAAUUCAUAUUCAAUUCAUAUUGUUUAGUGCAUAGUUAUAGAUUUUUUUUUUAAAUCGAUUUGUGUAUUCCAUAUUAUUAUUCGAAGAAAAGAAAAUUUCUCAAUUAUUCUACAAAAAAGUUGAUUUGUUUACUAAUAGAAAGAAAUCACUGAGUUUUAGUCCAAGACCAGUUUCAAACUUUGAUUAUUGAUUUAUUCUAUGAUUUUACUUACAUGAGUAAUCUAUGAAGUGUCAGUUUAUUAAUUUUAUAUCUAUAAUCAAAGAACUAAUUAUCUAAUUAACUAACAUCAUUAUAUAUUUUUCGAUUUCUUUUAAAAACUCAGUUUCCAAAUAUGUUAUUCUAUUGAAUGUGAAUUGUCUAAAAAUGAAACACUUUUAUUGUAUAUAAACUGUAU